UAUGUUUCUUUCGUUUUCAUUUCCCGGAAGGGUCGAAUGUGAAAAUAGUGGAGUUUUAUUUCUUCUAAAGUUUUAUUCAGUCUUCAUUCAGUAUGGAGUUUGGAGAGGUCUAACCUGCGGUUUAUUUCAUUUAUCAGACGGGCUAUAUGUCUGCCUACAAGGAAAUCAUCCAGUUUUUUCGGACAGUCGACCAGAUAAAGGACAUUUCCAUGGAGAACAUUUCCCCGAUCAAGCAAGAAAACACAGCAAACAGUCCUCCAGCCACAAUGCAUGGGAGACAAAGCAACAUUCCUCUCAGUGUGCAUCACUCCCCCACUAACCAACUUCCUCUGGCAAGUCCACCCAAUCAGGAAGACCUGUGGCAUCUACCUGGACGGCUGCGGAUAAACCCAUCUCUGUGGGAUAAGGAGGAUGUCGCCCACUGGCUCCAGUGGGCUCAGAGGGAGUACUCACUGCGCCGGCCUGAAAAGGGACGCUUCGAGAUGAACGGUCGAGCCCUGUGCCUGCUCACCAAGGAGGACUUCAGACGCCGCUGCCCCAGCUCAGGUGAUGUUCUGUAUGAGAUCCUGCAGUGUGUAAAACAGCAAAGGAGGAGUGUUGUCCGCAACCCCCCAAAUUCGUCCCCCUCCACGGCAGCUGGACCCAUCCAGAGUCCAGUCAGCUCCCAGGUACCACCUCAGAGUGUCGAAGAGCCCCAGCCUUCCAAGGUCAAUGACGCCCAAGUUUCCCUCGCUUUCACCACUGCCACGUCCGCAGCUGUUGUAACCACUGUGACCGGCCAGACGGAGCCCAUGUCACCUCUCAGAGAUCGUCCCUUGAUCUUUUACACUCUCCCUGCUCCACUCACACAUACCAAUGGAGCAGCAGCUGUCUCUGCACUGCCCCAAAACAAAGUUCAGGGUCCUCCCCAAACAGAGGGAGUCAUCCAGGAGCCGCUCAACCUGUCCAGUCGAGAGAAGCCAAGGAGCCUGCUGCACAAAGCCAAUGGCCGCAUUCCAGAGUGCAGACUGCUGUGGGACUAUGUGUAUCAGCUGCUGUGUGACGACCGCUAUCAAGAAUACAUCCGAUGGGAGGACAAGGACAACCUGGUGUUCAGGGUGGUCGACCCUAACGGACUGGCACGUCUCUGGGGAAACCACAAGAACCGAGAUAACAUGACCUACGAGAAGAUGUCCCGGGCUUUGCGACACUACUACAAGCUCAACAUCAUCAAAAAGGAGCGAGGACAAAAGCUUCUUUUCAGGUUUCUCAAACUCCCACAAGACGUCAAAAAACCACAGGCUGAUCCUGCCGAGUCCCCGGGACACACUCCACCUCAGGAUGGGGACUUUCCGGAUGGCACUCCGACACACGAGUUCAGUGAGGAUCAUUUUGAGGUUUCCCCUGAUCGUGCUUCUCCACAGCAUCCGCCAUAGAAAACAAAUACAUGUAUUAAACAUCCUAAACACAAUACAUGACAAAUGAUUACAGAAUGGUGAUGUGUUUUUAGAAAAUAAUACAUGCAUGUACAGGUAUGACAAAAUGCACUGUAAGGUGUAUUUUAGGGAGUUUUUGCACAAUGAUAUUGCUUUUUAUUUUGCUGUGAGUCAAUGUUUGUAUCACUGUGAUCAGAACAAACACUAACAAUAAGGAACGAGGGAAACUAAAAGAAAUCACGUCAAUAUUCAAACAGCCAAAUGCUCAACAUGACUUAGAUUCUCAGGCUUGCUCAACAUAAUGUCAAUACAAAAGUUGCACUUAAUUUUCAUAUACAAUAGAGGACUUGUAGGUCAGUGGUGGAAAUGACUGUGAAAUUAUUGUUCUAAUUUGUUGUAUAUUGUUAAAUAGAAGGAGGCAGGGUGGAGUAAUUUUUUUUGUGUGCAAAAACAUAUUGUGUUGCAGGUUAAAUGCCACUUUGUACAGUUUAUUUUUCAAAUAGUUUUCUUUAUUAUCCUCAAGGGAAGGUAUUAAGUGGAACAUUUGGUACACCCUAUAAUCACCAUUGUUUUUCCUGCUUUGUAAAAUAAAUAUUUUGUUUCACA